CUGACUUAUCUGAACUGUAUGUUUGACAACUUCAGGCUGUUUCAUUCAUUUAUGGAUAUUAAAAUGACUGGUGUCUACAGUUAAAGGCCUCACCUGCAGACAGAGGCUCACAGUCUCUGCUCCACAUGGUAACACCGUAUAUUCAUUAACACUUACCUUGUGUGUGUGAAGGGCAUGGUGGGAGCGGUAGUGCUGAGGGCUCUCCUCCGGACCCUGCGGACCUCCACCUCGGCCCGGGUGGAGCGCGUCCUCCCGCCGGCUUCAUGUGUGCUGAACCCGCCGUGGAGGAGCUCUCAGGUCAGGUCGCUGCAGCUGAGCUCCGCCUCAUGUGCUGGACACAACAAGUGGUCAAAGGUGAAGCACAUCAAGGGACCUAAAGAUGAGGCGAGGAGCAGGAUGUUCAUGAAGUUUGCUAUGAUGAUAAAGAUAGCUGUGAAAGAAGGUGGAUCCAACCCGGACAUGAAUAUCAACUUGGCCCACAUACUGGAGCAGUGCAGAAGCAAGAACAUGCCUAAAGCAUCCGUGGAGGCUGCAAUCAAGAGUGCGGCUAAACCAGCAUCCCAGCAGGUGUUUGAAGCUCGGGGGCCCGGCGGGUGUCUGCUGCUCAUCGAGGUCCUGACUGACAACAACUCACGCAGCCACCAGGAGAUCAAACGCCUGCUUACCAAGAACAGAGGGAUGCUGUCAGACGGAGGCCGUCACAACUUCAACAGGAGGGGGGUGGUGGUGGUGCCGGGCCAGAACGUCUCGACUGAGAGAGCUCUGGAGCUGGCCAUCGAGGCGGGAGCAGAAGACGUCCAAGAGUCCGAGGAUGAGGAGCAGCAGCCCCUCCUGCAGUUUAUUUGUGACAUGACGGACGUGAGGAAGGUGCGGGCCUCAUUGGAGGAGCUGGGAAUGCAGGUUACAUCUGCUGGGUUGGAGUUUGUUCCCCGAACUAUCUCGUCUCUGGACCAGGACCAGCUUGAAGCUGCUUCAACGCUAAUAGAAGCCCUCAAUGACUGUCCAGACGUAGUACGUGUCUGGGACAACAUCCAGGCUGACAGCUGAGCACGCCUCCUGGACACUCGGUGGACACUUAAUACCUUGAAUGUGGAAUAUUUGAUUUCACAGAGAAAGGAUGCAUGUACUGCUUGUUAAAAUACCUCCUACUGCUUAUCAUCAUCAGUAUGAAAAUACGAGAGUAUUGGUCAUUUUGAUGCUUUCUGUGUUGGACUUGGAAGCAAAAUGAAAUCAUCCUUGUCAAGAUGUAAAGUGAUAUUUCUUGAAUAUUUUCUAUCAUCAAACUGCACUUAUAAGAAGUUCAUUAACAGUCGGCCUAGAGCAUACAGAAGAUACACUGCCAACACUUUUUUUCAGGAUUUUCCCCAAACUUGUUAAUUUCAAGUAGUAAGUAAGUGUAACUUGCUUCUUCAAGAGUGAAAUAACUCCCGCAUCUGCAUUUCUUUUCUUGGUAGAUACUGUAGAAACACAGUUUGCCAAGUAGGUCUUUAUAAGUUGGUAAAAAAAAA